GUGGGCUCCCACCCCGCUCCGCAGGGUGAAAGGUUAGCGGAAGUGCCCUUCUUUCCUUUCCGCUGGGUGCCGGCCGCCUGCUGUCGAAAUGGGCAAGUUCAUGAAACCCGGGAAAGUGGUGCUGGUCCUGGCCGGACGCUACUCCGGACGCAAAGCCGUCAUCGUGAAGAAUAUUGAUGAUGGCACCUCAGACCGCCCUUACAGCCAUGCCCUGGUGGCCGGAAUCGACCGCUAUCCCCGAAAAGUGACAGCUGCCAUGGGCAAGAAGAAAAUCGCCAAGAGAUCAAAGAUCAAGUCCUUUGUGAAAGUUUAUAACUACAAUCACCUCAUGCCCACAAGGUACUCUGUGGACAUCCCCUUGGACAAAACUGUUGUCAACAAGGAUGUCUUUAGAGACCCAGCUCUGAAACGCAAGGCCAGGCGGGAGGCCAAGGUCAAAUUUGAGGAACGAUACAAGACAGGGAAGAACAAAUGGUUUUUCCAGAAGCUUCGCUUUUAGGUAUAUUUUCGUUUCUAUCAUUAAAAAUGGAAAAAAAAAAAA